UCCACAAUCUAUAUAUUGACAUUCCAUCUUCUCUUUCCUUUAAAUGCUUUCACAACAAAAGUCUUUUUCAAAACUGAUUCUUCUAUAACCUGAUUUUCUCAAACAGGUUCACCAAAUGAAAACCACAAUGGCAAGAAUAAGUCCAUUGUGGCUCAUGCUUCUGAUCAUGCCUUGUUUCUUUGUAACUUAUGCUUAUAAAGUUAAAUUACCUUUAAGGACUAUUUCUGGUGGAACUCAUCAUGAUGCAAUGCUUCAAUUAACUGCAUUCAAAGUCUCUUUUGCCGAACAUAAUUCUAUUGCUUCACCACCAUCUUCAUUCUCACCCUCUCCUAGCCCUUCUCCUAUGCCGUCACAGGAUCUGAAGAAAUCACAUGAGUACCUUGUGACAUUAUAUGGUGCCGAUCCAACAGGAAAUUCAGAUAGCACUGAUGCACUUCUUGCUGCCAUAGCUGAUGCUGCAAAAGGUCCAAGUAAAGGGUUUUUGAUGAAUGGCAUAAUUGACCUUGGAGGUGCUCAAAUUAAUCUUCAAGGUGGAAAUUACUUGAUCAGCAAACCUUUGCAUUUUCCAAUGGCUGGUGUUGGAAAUCUCAUGAUACAUGGAGGAACAAUAAAAGCCUCAAACAAUUUUCCAUCAAACAAAAAUCUAAUUGAUUUGUCAAAUUUUGGUUCAACCUCACCCUCUUACAAUUAUGAGUACAUAACACUCAAGGAUCUCUUUCUAGACUCAAACUUCAAAGGUGGAGGAAUUUCAAUCACAAAUUCACUAAGAAUCAACAUAGACAAUUGUUACAUCACACAUUUCAUCACAAAUGGAAUUUUAGUCCAAAGUGGUCAUGAAACAUACAUUAGAAACACUUUCAUUGGUCAACACAUAACUGCAGGAGGUGACAAAAAUGAAAGAAAAUUUUCAGGCAUUGGAAUUAGUCUUCAAGGGAAUGAUAAUGCAAUUACUGAUGUUGUGAUUUUUUCUGCUAAUAUUGGAAUUAUGAUUACUGGUCAAGCUAACACAAUUUCUGGUGUACAUUGUUAUAAUAAAGCUAGUGGAUUUGGUGGCACAGGAAUUUAUUUGAAACUACCAGGUUUAACACAAACAAGGAUUGUAAAUUCUUACAUGGAUUACACAAACAUUGUUGCUGAAGAUCCAGUUCAACUUCACAUCUCAAGUAGUUUCUUCCUUGGUGAUGCAAAAAUUGUUCUAAAAUCAAUCAAAGGCAUUGUUAAUGGUCUCAACAUUGUUGACAACAUGUUCUCUGGAUCAAAUCAUGGUGAUGAAAUUGUGAAACUAGACACAUCAAUUAGUCCUUUUAAACAAAUUGACCAAGUUUUUGUUGCUAGAAAUGUUGUGAAUGGUAUGAAUUUAAAGGCUACUUCAGCAAUGAUAUCUUUGCAUGGAAAUGGAACUUCAUGGAUUGCUGAUUUUAACAAAAUUUUGAUUUUUCCUAACCUUAUUAGAAAUGUUCAAUAUUCUUUAAGUGCCAGUGGUAAUACAUUUCCUAAUCAUGCUCUUAGAAAUGUGUCACAUAAUUUUGUUGUGAUUGAAACAAGUGAGGCUGUGACUGCAAAUGUUUUUGUCAAAGUAGAUCAAGGUAUUACAAGUUGAAGAAAUUUUCAUGGUUGUGGCAAAAAAAUUGGGUCAUCAAGUAUUUUGAUUUAAGAGGGAAUUUCACACUUGGUUGUGAUUUUUUUUUUCCUUUCUAUGGAUAACAUGAAAUAUAAUUAUACUAUAGGACUUUUAGAUUUUUUUUAGGGGAGGAAUUUUAGAUUUUAUUAUGUUUGAAAGUUACUACAUACAUUUUUUUGGUGAAAAGUUAUUACAUUACAAUGUAAAGAGUGAAAAAUAAUAUAUUAUUUUAAAUAGUUUUUUAAUUA